AUGGAUCUUAGGUUUAGACAGGACAACACCAAACUACAUAUUGUCAGAAGAAUGCAAGAUAGAGGAAAUGAAGGUACAACGGAGAAUGAUACAACAUUGAUAGCACAUAACGAACCAAACAUUAUAAGCGGAAACAUUAAUCCUCAAGGUUACCGAAGCUAUGCGCAAGUAACCCAAAACAUUAGCCAAGCAACGCUUAAUCAGAAUCAAAGCAAAAAUAUCGAAGACGCUACAGAAAUCAAAGAAAUGCUAAAACAAUCCAUUAAAAGUACAGAGAUGCUAGGAAAAAUGAUAUCAGCAGUAUAUGCACCAUCGAGACACAAAAUGACGCUUAAAAAAUGGGAAGAGUACUUAUAAUCCUUAGGCGACAAAUAUAUCGCAGCAGGAGACUUUAAUGCGAAGCACACGUUAUGGGGUUCGAGAAUUAAUACACCGAGAGGCAGAAUACUAGUAAAAUAUAUUAGAAACAGCAACCUCAACGUACUGUCUACAGGAAGACCAACGUACUGACCGACAGACCUCAAUAAAACACCUGACCUGUUAGAUUUUGCAGUAACAAACGGAUUAAGUGUAAGUAAAUUAAAAAUAACAACCAGCCUUGAGCUUAACUCCGACCACACACCAAUUAUAUUAGAAUAUACAGGCAAACCACUACUUUAUAACAAGUCAGAGUCAUUUUGCAAUAAAACCACCAAUUGGCAAAUUUUUAAAGAGCUAAUCGAAAACAAAAUCAAUUGCAAUAUCUCAUUGAAAACACCUGAACACAUUGAGCAGGCAGUAGCAACUCUGACAGAAAUAAUACAGGAAGCUGCGUGGGCAACCACCACCUAUAAAUUAAAUAGCAGGCAAACAAAAAUUAUUCCGCAGGACAUUCUAGAUAAAAUUGGGGAAAAAAGAAAAGCGAAAUCAAAAUGGCAAAAACAGAGAACACGAGAAAACAAGAAAAACUUAAAUAAACUUACAAAGGAAUUAAAGAAUAAAUUAAGGGAACUUCAUAAUAGCGAAUUCUCAAAAUUCAUCGAAUCACUAUCCGCGCAUGAGAAUACCAACUACUCCCUAUGGAAAGUCACCAACAAAGUGAAGAA